AUGAACAUUCUCUCGAUUUUCGCCGUCGAUCUAUUGACGAUCAUCUUCGCCUGCUCCAUCGCCUUCUUCUGUUGCACCAUCUUCUGUUGGAGUGCUGCUAAUUCUCGUCUUUUCGCCUCCAUGUCCUCUUUGUGUCGACUUCCGAUUGGAGUGCUGGCAACUUUUCAUUCAACUCUUCAAUGGAAUCGUCUAGUUGACGGAUUUUUGGCUCCAAACGUUUCACAAUUGGAGCACUCUUAUGGAUUGUGGCCUCCAACUGCUGGAUUUUGCAUUACUAGAAGCCGACCCUUCUGUCGUAUUCAUCUUAUUUGUACUCGGUUUUCCACCGCCUGUCAACGAGCCGUCACGGUUCAACAGGGAUCCUUCCAAAGUGCAAUAACGGUACUUGCCGACGUACUUGUUCGAAAGACGUUGCGCUUCUUCCAGAUUUUUCACGACGAGAAUGUUGCCGAGCUGGAAGUAGAACGCGCGGCGGAUGUCCAGAUUGUCACAUUGGAUUUGGUCGGCGAGACGUUCCGCUGGGCUGGAAAUUAUAGAAAUUAUAGAAAGGAAGUUAAUUCGACUAUGCUGAAUCACAAAAAUCAGAAAAAUUCUAUAAGUUGA